GAAAGGUUGUGUUGAAGCAAAGAGCUGCACAUAUUGGGUUACACUAUUCGGGAGACAAAUCAUUCCAGAUAAUCGGAAACGACCAAAUAUUUAAAACAAAGGUGUAUGUGACUGUCAGAUCCUAGAGCACUCAGGUUAUUAAUCAUGGAUUACAUACUUCCAAUAACAUCGCUUCUGAUGAUAUUUCUUCUAUCAGCUUAUAAAUGGGUAAGAAGAAUGAGAAAACGAACAGAAGGCCGUGUUCCCAUUGUGAGUGGUGGUAGAAAAUUGAGUGACAACGAAAUGUUGUAUUCUGACCUCCAUGAUCUAGGUAUAUGUAUUGUAUCGAAUGCUAUUUUCAUAGAGUCAAAUAUUCAGCUUACUGAAGAUAUGUUAAGAAAGGCAGCAAUUAUGAUAAGAAAAAGACAUCCACUCUUACGUAUGCGAAUAGUUGAUGUUAUUGACUCCAACGGUUUUGUGCAAAAAUUCUUUCAACCAGUUGAAAAAGAGAUUAUUGAUGUAAAGACUAUAACUGCAGAUGAUUGGAUUGAAGUCCAUUCUGACGAGAUGAGCAUGCCAUUUAAUGCUCAGAAAGGCCCACUCUGGCGAAUGCGACUCCUGAAUAAUCACGUAAGUGCAACUACGACAGAUGGUGUACAUACAAGUAUUUUGAUCCUGACAUUUCAUCAUUCAAUUAUAGAUGGAAAUACUGCAAUGCGAUUUGUGGAUGAACUUCUUGACGGACUUAAUUCCGUAGUUGAUGGCAAAUAUUACAUUCCUGAAAGCCUUCCAUUGUAUCCAUCCAUGGAAGAUACCAUUGAGAUUCCUGAUAUGCGAUGGUGGCAUAUAUUAUGUCACUUAAUUGAUAUGGGAAAAAAGAGUGUUUUCAAAUCCUCCAAUCCUUAUAUAGAUCGAUUUGGUUUGGAGAUAAUAAGAAAUCCUGAUGUUCAUCCAGCAACGAAAAUAAUUCCAAUUGAGUUUUCCAAACUGGAGACAACACUUAUAAAAACAUAUUCAACAACACAUGGCGCUACCGUCAAUGGUGUUCUUCUAGCUGCUGCCCUAAUUGCGAUGGCUCGAAUAAUUAAUGGUGGGAAAUCAGGAAAAGAUAUGAACUUGAAAAUUGGAUUCCCUUCUAAUGUGCGAAACAUGUGCAUGCCUCAUGUUGACGCUAAAGAUAUGUUGGGCAUAUACACAUUCAUGGAUUUUAUGAACACAGAUGUAUCAUGUUCGAUUGAUGAUUCUAGUUCGUUUGGUAGUUUUGCAUCAAGUCUUACCAAAACAACUCAUGCAAUGAUAAGAAGAAAAGAUGGACAACGUAUUUUACAGUUUGCCAGCAUGAUAUAUGAUCUGGGUAUCAGUGUUAAGCAGUUGCCUGCAGAUAGUUUUGAUGCUGCAACUGUUCUCUCAAAUUUAGGAAACCUCCAGUACUUGACAAAGGAAAAACCACGUGCAUUUGAGAUAACUCAUAGUUAUAGAGCUACAUCCUCUGAUAAAGGAAACGUGUUUUCCAAUUAUGUUGCAACAAUUCAUGGUCGACUAUGUUGGACAGUUGCAUAUGAAACAGAUGUAGUAUCGGAAGAACAAGCCAAGACAUUUGGUGAUAUGGUUGUUGAAAUACUAACAAAUAUGUGUAUUAAUAAUCAACAUUGA